UAUGAUUUCAUUCAUUCUUAUCAAGUACCCCAAAAAUGUUACGGAGUAGAUCAAUGCAUAAAAAUGUCGGUCCUUACUUGUGUGGUGUAUCAUUGACUUAUAUAUAUGUUGCCAUUGAAAUUCGAAAAUGUGAGUAAUUAAUAAUACAGAGCAAUAAAAAAAAAAAAUAGUUUCCAUAAAAUUGGAAAGAUCCCUUGAGAUUCCAUUCCCCUAUAUUAGCACUUUCUCUCUCUUCUUCUCUUAAAACAUUCUCACUUCUCCACCGUCUCUUCCUCUCAAUUCGUGUCCGCCGCUAUUAAAUUUUUAAUCUUUCAUUUUUUCCGUACACCUUUUGAAAUUUCAGAAUGGGAUAUUUCCUAGAUGCAAUUGGGAAUACGGUGUGUCUAUGCUGAUAUUAUCUUAAAUUGUUUUGAGAUAGUUGCUCGAGUUGCUGUUAUGGACCGCAGGGAUACAUCGGGAUUUGUCAGUGGAGGAGGUCUACAGCUCUAUGAACCUGCAUUGCACAUAUUGUUGCCACACCUUUGUUUAUACUAGUUGGUUGAUAAGUAUUCUUUCAAAUAAAUUUUAUGUUUAGAUAUCAAUUAGAUGAUAAGUAUUCUUUCAAAUAAAACAAGAUGGAUGGCAUCCACAAGCCUUUCAUGUGGAAUUCUUUUCUGGAUAGAUGCAAAGAUUCAAAUGAUACUGAUGCUGGCUCGAGUCAUUUAGUGGAUACCACCUUGCGACUACAUUCCCAGAGCGUUUUAGCUGUACCCUCUUAUUUGUAUGAUGCUGGAGCUAGGCAAAGAGUAACAAAUGCAAGUGAUGAAGUGAAUUUAAAGCAUGAGAUUUCUCUGGCCCUUGAAUUGGGUAGUUCCCUAGAUGGCAAGAUCGAAUAUGCUGCUUCUAGGACUGCCUUAACUUCGCGAAUAGAUGUUGGAAAGGAGUCUCCAAAUGAUAUUUGCCUUGAUCUCAACAUUGAUCUGGGAAAUAAAUUAGCUUGCAAGGACUCGAUAUACUCUGGCAACAGUCUUGAAGCACCUGAGAAGGAGAAACAUAUGGUUGACCUUGAGUUAAGCUUGUCUACUGCAGCUGCAGAAUCUGAUCUCACUAGUGUCACCCUGACUUCAUCGCCUAUUCAAAAUGUGACAUCUGAAUUUGAGCAACUUGUGGAUGAAGGAUCAACAUCAUCUAAAUGGAAACGAGGACCUGCUGUGCCUCUUGUAGAUAGGUUCAAUGUGAACCCAAUUUCAGUUGUCUCAAAUGUCCCGGCUGUCUUGAUCUCUUUACCAAGGCCCAGAACAGAUGACGCCACUUCUUGUUUCAAACAGCAACGCAAGACCUCAGUUAAGACUUGCCAGUUUCCUGGCUGUCAAAAAGGUGCAAGGGGUGCUUCAGGUCAUUGUAUUUCCCAUGGAGGUGGGCGAAGGUGUCAGAGAACUGGUUGUCAAAAAGGAGCAGAAGGCAGGACUGCAUUUUGCAAGGCCCAUGGUGGUGGUCGAAGGUGCGAACACUUGGGGUGCACCAAAAGUGCUGAAGGGCGCACUAAUUUCUGCAUCGCACAUGGAGGUGGAAAGCGAUGUGGUUUUCAUGGAGGUUGCAACCGUGCUGCAAGAGGAAAAUCCGGCCUUUGCAUCCGUCAUGGUGGUGGAAAGAGGUGCAAGAUUGAAUACUGCACCAAGAGCGCUGAGGGGCUUGCUGGUCUCUGUAUUGCUCAUGGAGGUGGUCGCCGUUGCCAAUUUCCUGAAUGUACUAAAGGUGCUCAGGGAGGUACAACACUCUGUAAGGCUCACGGAGGAGGAAAAAGGUGCACCUUUUUAGGGUGUACCAAAGGAGCUGAGGGAAGCACGCCUUUCUGUAAAGGACAUGGUGGGGGAAAGCGAUGUUCAUUUCAGGGAGGUGGUGUCUGCACCAAGAGUGUACAUGGAGGUACCUUAUAUUGUGUUUCCCAUGGUGGUGGCAAAAGAUGUGCCUUCCCUGAAUGCACUAAGAGUGCUAGGGGACGUACAAACUUCUGUGUUCGCCAUGGUGGAGGAAAAAGGUGCAAAAGCGAAGGAUGUGAAAAGAGCGCACAGGGAAGCACUGAUUUCUGCAAGGCACAUGGAGGAGGUAAGCGCUGCCUGUAUGGCCAACAAGGUUCGGGAUUUGGUGGAAAUGGUGAUAGCCCUUGUGAUAAGUUCGCAAGGGGUAAAAUUGGUCUUUGCGCUGCCCAUUGUGCACAAGUUCAAGACAAGCGAGUCCAUGGAGAUGGUACAGUGGGCCUGAAGAUGAAAGAAAUUGCUGCUGAGAACAUUUUUGCAUGCAUGAACAAUGUUGGCACAGAAUCAAGCUCAACUGUUUGGAAUGGUUUCAAUCUGCCGAUGAUCCUGCCUGAUGACAAGCCCUUGUUGGAUCAGUCUGGUCAGUCUUCAAAUUCAGCAUCCCUUGAAGGAAGGGUGCAUGGCGGAGGUCUUAUGGCUAUGCUGAGACAGCUCUGAUCUCGAACACUGUCUGUCUUAGAUAACCAUUGAAUGGGAAUAUGGAUAGUGAACAGGGGAAGUUUUUAUCUUAAUACAUGUUUGUGACAUUUGAUAGCUUUCUUUCAUUGUUCUGGCAUAGUUUAAUCCUCAAAAACUAAGGUAUGAUAGUUGAAUAUUAGCGAAGUUCUAAGGUUAGUGUUAGCAUGCUCAUUUCGCUAGCAAAUGGUGUUAGACAUUGUUGGUGUUAGUACUGAAUUUGUUUCUCUACAUUUUUUUCUUUUUCUUUUUUUAUAUUUUUAUUUUUGGGAAAGGGUAAGGAAAAAGGGACAUUAGUUUGUCAUGAUUGUAAAUGUUUUGUGAAUAUAGAUCUCUAAUCUGUAGUCCGUUAGUAUCAUUUAGCAAAUCUUCUCGUGAGUACAUUAGUUUUGA